AAAAGUUUUCAUGGAAGAAGGGAGAGAUUCUUGAUUCACCAUUUCCCCUUUCAGGAGGUAGGCUAACCUGUGUCGUUGGCGUGCAUGUGCUGCCCCAUUACAAUUACAUUUUUAACUGACUCUUUUGACCAAAGCGACUUAAAGGAGUAUAUUCAAGCAAGUACAGAGUUUGGGAUCUAGUACUGCAAAAUAAGCAAAACGAUAGAGCGGAGAAAAUUAGUGGAGGCUGGAGGACCUAGUGAAGGUUAGUAGGCCUACCUACUGAGCCCGGCCACAUUAGAUGAAUGAGAUCAACGACCAACAUUCUUUUUAAUAGCGUGUUAUGAAGCCUACGGUUCAUUUCAAUCACCAGCAGGCGAAGGAUCUUCUACAUAAUAAAUAUGUGGUGGUCUUGGGGGACUCCAUUCAAAGAGGAGUUUACAAAGAUAUUGUCUUGCUCCUCCAAAAAGAUGUCUACCUUACCUCCGCCCAGUUGAAAACCAAGGGAGAGGAGGUAUUUGAAAAUGACCGGCUGCUGGAGGGGGGCAGGUUGGGCAGGAUGUCUAACGGCACAGAGUAUAGGGAGGUACGCGAGUACUCAUCGGAUCAUCACUGCGUCCGCUUCUACUUUAUCACCCGGGUGUUCUCGGAUUAUGUCGAGUCCAUCUUCGAGGAAAUCCGAGAAGGUAUGAAGCCGGACCUAGUCAUCGUCAACUCCUGCGUCUGGGAUGUCUCCAGGUAUGGACGGGUAUGGGAGGCAGACUACAUGGAGAACCUCACCUCAUUCUUCAGAAAUCUCCGUCUCAUCCUGCCUGAUGACUCGCUCAUCAUCUGGAACGUGACCAUGCCCCUGGGCGAGAAGAUCAUCGGUGGCUUUCUCGUGCCAGAGAUCGCGGAGAUUGGUCCGAUGCUGCGUUUCGACAUCGUAGAGGCCAACUACUGUAGCGCCACGCUGGCCAACACCUACGGUCUGGACGUGCUGGACCUGCACUUUCAGUUCCGCUUCAACCUGCAGCACCGGAUGAAGGACGGCGUGCACUGGAACGCCGUGGCCCACCGCCGCAUCACCUGCCUGCUGCUGGCCCACGUCGCCCAAGCCUGGGGCGUCGAGCUGCUCCCAUCGCAGCCACCCACAGGUCUCAACACAAGCUUCAGUGAGACCGCCCCUCAAGGCAUUAAAACGAUUCAGCCAAGGAAAGCUCAGAAACAAGCAUCGUCGUGGCGAUCGAAUCAACGGUGGGCCAACUACUACCCACCGCCCCCGCCCCCACCCCACUGGCUGCCUCCUCCUCCACCUCGCUACUUUGCAGGAUCUCACAAUGGCUCUUGGGACAGAGUAUCUUACAGUACUCAAGGAUGCUAUGGCUCGUCAGCAGUAAGCGAUCAUGACCAAGGACCGCUGCCUGGGUGGGAGAGGCCCUGGAGACCCCCCAUGAUGUGCCAUAGCGGACCAUACUACGCAAACUACCAAGAUUUUUCCUCCGAUGCCGCUACCUGGGAUGCGCAGUAUUACGAGCCACAGAGCUUCCAUAUCAAUGGAGUCCCCACCCCGCCGCGAUACACCCAUGGGGGCCAAGUUGGACCGAGGGCGCGGAGGAAGAAGUAUAGCAAAAACCAAUAUAGGCCUUAUUGAGCACACAAGCUGCGCAUCCCAGGCAGAGGCAUUCCAAGGAAUACUCUUGGAAUACUCUUGAAGUGUAAUACUGACCAACGUAACAACUUCCCACCAAGGUAAUAACCCUACCAACAUAAUUUUUAAAAAGUGUGCAGUUCAGACGUAAUAUCCCGGCCAAUGUAAUAGUUUCCUGCCACUGUUUAUUACAUUAGCAGGAAAUUAUUACGUUGGGUGGGAAGAUUUAUAAGUCUUACAUUUUGUCCCAGCAGUGUAAUAAAAUUUCAGUGAAAGGAGAUAUUUUAUCCUUUGCCUAAUAGAUUCCACUAGGCAGUUAACUUUUAUUUGUUUUGAAGAGGCCAAGACAUUUCAGAACAUUUAUGUUCCUAAUUACUUUCUCAUUUGACGAGUCAAAAUGUAAGACUUUUCAACCUUGUGUAAAAAUUUCCUGCCAAUGUAACAAGACGAUGGUUAUGACUUUGGCAGGAAAUUAUUACUUUGGCCAGGCUAUUACGCUUGAUCUGCACAUUUUUUUUUACUAUGUUUGCAGGAUUAUUACAUUGGUGGGAACUUAUGACAUUGGUUGGUGUGUCUGGUUGUAUGCUUUGUUUUAAUGUUGUAUGCUUUUGUUUUAGGUUUUAAUGUUUGUUUUUAUUAUUUUAACGGUAUCUAUUAACUGUAGGCUAACUAAGUUUUCAAUAAAAUUGUUAUAUUGCGUUUUUUA